AUGUCCAAGCGUGUUCUCGACAGAAUUGGCGGUCUCGCUCUUCCAGCAGGUCUCUCGUUUGCCCUUCUUCAGCUGGCCAUGUACGAUGUCGAAGGAGGCAAGAGAGCAGUGAUUUUCGACCGUCUCAGCGGAGUGCAGCUGAAGGUGAUUGGUGAGGGCACCCAUUUCGUGAUUCCCUGGUUGCAGAAACCCAUCAUCUACGACGUGAGAACAAAGCCAAAGACCAUUGCCACGACAACGGGUUCAAAAGACUUGCAGAAUGUCUCGUUGACCCUCAGGGUGUUGCACAGGCCGGAGGUGAUGAACCUCCCCAGAAUUUACCAGACAUUGGGGUUGGACUACGACGAAAGAGUGUUGCCAGCCAUUGGUAACGAGAUCUUGAAGAGUAUAGUGGCGCAGUUUGAUGCAGCAGAGCUCAUCACCCAGAGAGAGGUUGUCAGUGCCAGGAUCCGCCAGGAGCUCUCGAGGAGAGCUAACGAGUUCAACAUCAAGUUGGAGGACGUAUCGAUUACUCAUAUGACAUUUGGAAAAGAGUUCACAAAGGCGGUGGAACAGAAGCAGAUUGCUCAGCAGGAUGCCGAGAGAGCCAAGUUUUUGGUCGACAGGGCCGAGCAGGAGAGGAAAGCUGCCGUCAUCAGAGCUGAGGGUGAGGCCGAGGCUGCUGAAACCGUUUCCAAGGCGUUGGCCAAGGCCGGUGAUGGACUUUUGAUGAUCAGAAGAUUGGACGCCUCCAAGGAGAUUGCGCUGACGUUGGCCAACUCUCCUAGCGUGUCGUACUUGCCCUCGGGCAAAGCCGGCGAGGAGUCCAAGAACAGCUUGUUGUUGAACGUGGGGCGUUAA